AUGGGAAGCACGACAAAGCCGGUCGCAUACUGGAACGUCAACGUGCCAGAGUCCGAAUGGACUGAAGAAUGCCCCGACUUCUUGGCCAAUCUAAACACCAAGGACCUUGGCAUCAUCAGCACGCCGGACAAUGAGUAUCACAUCGAGACAUGGCCGGAAGUCGUGCAGAAAUGCAAAGACAACCGCUUAGAUCUAUUCCAGCGCGUACCAUCAGAUCUCAGGCGGUACCUAGCGUACAACUGGAAACUAAAGCAGGAGUACGGCAGCGUUAUGUACUUUGUCCUGUCUCAGAGACUGGGAUGGAAAGAGCCCAUCGUGUCUAAAGGAAAUCCUUUCCAGUUCGAUGAGGACAUCAAGAUUCUGUGGAACGAUUGGCCCUACGGCAUUGACGAGAGAAUUGUGCAUUUGGUCGUCUGGACAAAAUUCGAUCUGGAAGAAGACCCAACCAACGGAGACCUCACUGAUAAAGCGAGGGCAGAGAUUGAUGACUUUGUACACAAGUUCUUCUCUCCCCACCUGCCCAAAGACCAUUACACAUGGUUCAAGAACUGGCGCUCCCUCAAGUCAGUCAAGGCCGUGGAGCAUUUCCAUGUCAUGCUGUUCGACCCCGACCCUGCUUUCGUCAGCGAGAUCACCAAUGGCGAUGUACCGCUCAGCCAGAAGGUUGGCAAGCUGAACUGA